UGGUCUAAACAUGGCGAUUGGUUUUGUUGUUAAAUAUCAGUGAAAAUAGAAAAUGUUAAUAAAUAAAAAUGUUUAGAAAUCAAUUGAAUUGUUUUUAUACGCAAAUUGCCAUUGUUAUAUUAAUUAUAAAAACAUGCAUUAGUGAGCCACAAACGCCAUAUCUAGCACUGUUCAGUCCGAGAGACACGGAGUACACGGACGUGCUGGUGCGCCGCGUGCACGACAACCUGACGCUGGUGUGCGAAGUGCGCGGUGACCCGGCGCCCAGGGUGUUUGUGUGGAACUAUGUCGGCGACAACGGCACUGACGGGACCAGGUUCCUGACAACAGAGCCGUCUGGCACACCCGUGGGCAGCCGGCUGGAGAUCACAGACCUGCAGCUGGCGGACAGCGGCCACUACAUCUGCUCCGCGCCGCCCUUCAGCAGCACCAAGUAUGUGCUGGUGCAGCCUAAAGGGCCACACCACUGCGCGCGGGGCGCGUUCUGGUGCGGCGCGCGCUGCGUGCUGCCCGCCUACGUGUGCGACGGCCGCAAGGACUGCGUGCACGCCGAGGACGAGGCGCCGCCGCUCUGCGCGCCCGCACCCUGCGCGCGUGGGGACAAGCUGAACUGCUCGUCGGGGCGCUGCAUCCCCGAGGCGGCGUGCUGCCGGCCCGGCGCCGCGCUGUGUCGCCAGCCGGCGUGCUGCGACGAGCACUCGCGGUACUCCACGCUCGAAGGUUACGUGGAGGUGGAGUACCCGCCGCUGUUCGAGGACCGGCAUGCGCCAGACGAAUAUGGCUUCAUCCAGUCCACCAUAUACACUGUCACUGCGUGCGCGCUGAUCUUCAUGAUAGCGGUGGUGCUGCUGGUGUCCGCUCUGUGCAAGAUGCACAUGAAGCGCGCCGCGCUGCGCGGCUACGCCUCCGCGCACCGCGACACUGCGCAUCACUACGCCGCUCGCUACCCGCCCCGAUACGAAGCUGCGAGGCUUCUGGACCCGGGAGUCUCGUCCAGUCCCGUCAGGAAUGCGCACAACACUUCGGAGCUUCCCAGUCCAGACACGCCGUCGACGGUGGCGAGCGAGGCGCCCGAGGCCCCUCCGUACGGCGGGGGCUUCGGUCUCGCCAGGCUGUCCUCCAUAUUCUGCUCCCGGUAUCGACAGGUGCCGACCCAGUGCUGCGACGUGGAGAUGACGGCCGUGCGCGCGGCGUCGCUGAGCGCGUCGCCGCAGCGCGCGCCGCUCGACUACCGCUCGCCCGCCUGCUGCGACGGCGACCUGUACUACACCGACCCCGACCUCUCGCCCCGAGACCUCAACUACAUGGCCACGCCCGUCGAGUUCUUCCGGCGACGCACCUUCCGCAGGAACACCAUAGAUAGGGUGAUGGACCAGCUCAGUCAGGUGCAGCGGCCGCUAACGCUGCAGCUGGGCAGGUUCCACCUCAGCAUCCCGCGCUUCCGGCGCGAGGAGCCGCGCCCCGACACGCCCAACGUCGCCGAGAUCAACAUCGACGACCUGGACUUCGUGCGAGUGGCGGCCGACGACACCUACACCCUCAACGGCAGGACGAUAAGACUGCUGGGCGCGGAGUUGGAGAACUACCCCGUGCUGGACAACCGACCACCCCCCUACAACGAGGCCAUGAGGCACAAGUACGGCCCGCCCCCCGAGUACCUCAGCAGGGAAGGCAUAAACAACAACGAGACCGAGUCCGAAGCUCGGACUAACGUGGAAAUGCCUCCAUGCUACGAGGACCUAGCGUCCGGUGUGGAUUCUAACGCCAAUAUCGCCAAUAUCACCAUCAACGUUAUCGAUACCACCGAUAAUAACGUUAGCGAUAUCGCAAACGGUAACGUUAGCGAUAACGUUACAGACGGUAACGUCGCCGGUUAUAAUGUCACGGUUAACUCCAUUGCGGGGACUAACGUUACUUUUAAUAGUAUAAGCAGUAAUGCUACAGAAAAUCUUAUCGCAAACGGUAACGCUUCGGUUACAUCAAAUAAUAACGAUACUACCGUUAACGAUAACGAUUUGUUUGUCAGUAACGAUAACGUACCUGAAACGAUAAGUUCCGUUAUCGAUAACUUGCCAGCCAUCGAUAGUGAUGUGAACGCGAACGAAACGUUAUACAGCGGUAGUACAGCAAUCACUACAUAGUACAGAACUGACUGAUCGCCAUAUUAUAUAUUUUUAAAACGCGUAUCUGAAAAAGUACAGAGCGAAUCUUGUUUUUUUUUUUCAUUAAUACAAUGUGCCCUGUCAUAAAGUGCACAGUCGAAAGAAUGUGAAACUAGUCUCAAUCGUUAAAAAGAUCGAAAAAAUCACCAAAACAGACAAAUACUUUUCCAAAUUUUUUCAUUUUUUUUUUUAACAAUUUUGGUCCUAGUUUUACGUUCUUUAGUUUGUACACUUUAUGGCUGGACGCAAAGAGAUCUAUUUUACACUUAAACCCCCCGUGCGUAGCCGGGGCAGGCCAGGUAGCUAGUUUAAAAAAUAACGUUAUUUUCACGUUACUUUAAUUUGUAACGGUGUUUAAUCAGUGAGGUUAUGUUCUAAGGGAAACUUAAUUUUUAAGUGAUAUUAUUAUUAAUUAUAUUUUUAGGAUACACUUCUUUGACAUCUUCUUUAUAAUAUACUUUAAGUAUUAUAAAUAAUGAAAUUAUUGAAUUCUCAGCGAGUUCCGACUACGCCGUGCCGGGUUUUUACUUUUACAUUAACGUUUAAGGACUCUGAGGCACAACGCACACCAGCGGACUGGAGUGAAUAUCUCUUCACUCCGUCUGUACGCGACGGUCCUAAGAAAUCAAUUGCCAUAACCGUUUACACAGCCAGAUUCUUGUACUGGGUCCGUCUAAAUAUAAACAGCCAACUCCCGUCCUGUGUAUAUGUAAAAAGCGGUUAACUGCAAAAAGUCGUUUUUAAGUUUAUUACCACUUUUAGCAGUUACACACUUUUAGAGACUAUUGAACGAAUUUUUUAGUCAAUUUAGACGGUCAGGGAAGUGCCGCCCCGGUGUAAUGGGAACUCGUCAUUAAAUUAAUUCAAAUUAUUUAAUGAAGUAAGUUACAAUAACUAUUAUAAAUCCAUACUAAAUAUUAUGAUCUUAGACGGAGAUCUAUGUAGCGUACUUUGACUUUGCUUACAUUUAAGACACUGUUAAAACGAGACCGCCGCGUUAUACCGCUGGCAUAAAUCUGUCUCGUUUCACCUGAAACUUAAGUCUAAACAAAGUCAAAGUGCGCUCUAUGGACUUUAAUCCAAGUGCGAAAGUGUGUCUGUCUGUUACCUUUUCCCCGCGCUGAUCCGAUCUUGACGAUUUGACAGAUAGUUUGCGCCCUCGACGUGAGCUUAUGGUACCCGGCAGGAAAGUGAGAGGUAACGGUUUCUAGAGCGUUGUCUCUGUCGUUGAGACCUACAAAACGUCACGCAGGAGUGACAGAGACGACGCUCUACGAAGAAAUCUCUUUCUAAAGUUCGAAGUUGUAAUUUUUCCUUCUUUUUGGUUUGGCGGCUAUGCAGGGCACUUUACAGUUGCCGAUCUAUUGUGAUCGCCACCGUUUACAGUUCUCGUCCAAUACUGAUUGCUGCCAGGAACAGCAGCAGCUUCUUGACCGAUUAAGAAAGUUCCAAAAAAUCAAAGUAAACUUGAAUCCUCGCAGACAAAGUCGCAGGUAUCAGCUAGUAAGUAACACAUAGACAAGUUAUUAAUAAAUAAGUGCCUUAAACAAUGAAACUCAACUAGUCAAACACCACGGCUUUGCUCACUGUUGUAACGAUCACCACCCUAGUUGUAUGUUUAAAUAUUGACACUUCGCACCAGUUAUUGAUACUAGUGACAAUUUUAGGGCAAAAAAUACUGUACCUAUCAUUCUGUUGUUCUUUUGCUGAAAACCAGCUAACUACAAAUAAGUGGUUUUAAAUACAUAUCAAAAAUUGCGGAAUGGGCGGGAUUUGAUAUGUAAUUAAAAUUACUUAUUAAUAACCUUGAAGGGUAGAAACCCUAUCAAAAAAUUUUGAAUAUAAAAAAGUAGUUUUUAAAUUAUCGCCAAAAAAAACAGGAAUUUUGAAAAACUGAUUUACUAAAGAAGAAUGUACCACCCAGGUUUUUAUCUUAAUCUCUAAAUAUUAGUUUAUAUCUAAAUACCCAUGUUUUUGUGAAUAACUCACAAACUGCUUUUUGCAGUUAACUGCUUUUUGGGGGUUAACUUGCAAACUGUUUGUGCAGUUAGCCGCUGUUUGGAAAUAACUUGCAAACUAUUUAUUGCAAUUUUUGGGGAACAAAAUACUUUUUGCAGUUUGCCGUUUUUUGGGGAUACGAGCCAUCUCUUUAGAGUAUUUUCGUAUUUACGUAAUACGCAGUGGCGUGCAAGUCACAGAGGCAUAAAAGCUCUGCUUAUCCUAGUUGAAUUAUUUUAAUACUCAUAAUGACCUGCCACUAAAUAUAGGUAACCUAACUAAUGUCUACUCUACACGCCACUGGCAAAAUGUAAAAACCGAUCAAGUGCGAGUCGGAGUCGCACACGAAGGGUUCCGUAUAUCGUAUAAGAGUAUGUACUUUUUUUUAUAUGGCGGCCAUUUAAAAAUUUU